AUGGAGUUCUGGGAGUACGACGAAUGGCUGCUGAUUCUCCUGCUCUUUGGCUUCGCGUUCAUCGCCGGCAUCGCGAUACUGUUUGUGGUCUCUUGGCUGACAGCAUGGCCAAAACGGUCACGCUCCGAGUUGCUGCGAACUGAGCAGGUUUACGACCCGACUGGCGACACUGAUGAAACUUUCGACAAUCUUCUACAAUCCAGCCCCACCGACAGCAUACGAUUGUACACGCCGGCGAAGGUCUACCUGUCUGUCGUGAUUCCGGCUAUGAACGAAAGGGAGCGCCUGCCAAAGAUGCUCGACCAGUGCAUAGAAUAUCUGGACAACCGCAAGCUGUUUGACGAGAAAUUUACGUUCGAGGUCAUCGUUGUCGACGAUGGGAGCACGGACGGGACGGCCGAUUUGGCUUCUAAGCAUCGCGGGGUCAAGGUGUUGAAGCUGGAGAAGAACCGCGGGAAGGGUGGAGCCGUGCGAGCCGGUAUGCUCAACGCCUCCGGAAAGCUGAUUUUAUUCGCGGACGCCGACGGGGCAACCGAGUUUCCGGAUUUCAAGAAUCUCGAGGACGAGCUGAUCCGGUUGAUGGGCGGCCCGCCGGUGGAUGAGUCGUUCCCGGGCAUCAGCAUUGGCUCUAGAGCCCAUCUGGAAGAAGAAUCAAAGGCCACCCGGCCGCUUUCACGAACGAUUCUGAUGGUCGGCUUCCACUUGCUCGUCCAACUUUUCGCCGUGCGCACCGUGCGCGACACACAAUGCGGCUUCAAGCUUUUUACAAGGGGAGCCGUCGCCAGGUUAUUCCCCGUGCUCCACAUCGAACGAUGGGCAUUCGACGUGGAACUGCUGUACCUUUGCGAGCUCUGGAAUUUGCCGAUUGCCGAGGUGGCGGUCCGAUGGCGCGAGGUGGACGGUUCGAAAAUCACGCCCGUCUGGUCGUGGAUUCAAAUGGGCCGCGAUCUGGUCCUGAUUUGGUUUAGAUACUCUGUCGGCAUCUGGACGGCAAAGCCCCCGAAA